AACCUUAUUAUUUUACCAUGCCAUGCCAUCUUUGCUCCUGAAUUGAACAACAAAAUUACAAAUCAUGAUUAUGAUGACAAGUUUGCGAUUGGUAAAGAUGCCAGCAAUUGGAUUAUGGAACCUUUCCAAUUGGAAUCGGAUGACCACUUGUCAUUUUUUAAGCAUCUCGAAUUAUCGUUAGCUGAACUUGAAAACAUUGCUAAUUCUGUCUUAGUCAUAUCUGGUGGGUAUACAAAAUCCUUAAUAGAAAAGAGUGAAUCAUCGAGCUAUCUCGAUCUAGCUGAAGCUGUUGGGCUUACAAAAAACCCUUAUUUCAAAAUUGGUACCAAUAUACUACUCGAAGAAUAUGCUAGAGAUUCGUAUGAAAAUGUUCUCUAUGGAAUUUGUACAUUUUACAAAAAGUUCAAAAGAUUUCCAGCAAAGAUAACAAUCAUAGGAUUCGGGUUCAAGCGUGAAAGAUUUCUGUCAUCUCACCUG